UGGCCUUCCCCGUGUAGCUGUCGGCCGUCUUCGGUAGUACAUAGCUCUUCUGCCAUACGAGAUGUUUUCAACCCUCGUGAUGGUGCUGCAACUGUGGAAAGCCAGAGGAACUCGAGCGUGCCUGUCUGCGAGGAAAGGGUAGGAGAUGAUUAUCAGAGGCCGCGGGGAUGCGAGUGGCAGAUCCGUCGUUCGUUAUCGUGGUCGUCGUCGCCGCUGCGUCCAUACCCCGCACGAGUAGAGCAGUCCUGGUCUCCACGCCGUUUAACAUCUCAUACCCAGCAUACCUACCCAGCCUCCGUCCAUCUAUUCACUCUUAUCCCACCGCAUACCAACCCAAACCUACGAUACCAAUACACCUACCGCCCCACCUACCUAUUCAUCCCACGCAAAGACGCUUACAUCCUCCCCGCUCCAUCCUACUCUACCUUUGCACCACCGCCCAUCACGCACCAACCAACACCACACUCCACCACAACCAAACCCACUCCUUCUUACCUCGCCUUCCCCCCCCCGGCUCGGCGUCAUGACCCACCUGUUAAGCUUACCUACCUACCUACCCACCAUAGCGCCCACCUACCCCGCCUCAACAGCGCGGUAGCACACGCACCUGCUAUACCGCCAGUUCUCCAAGGCCCGCUUUCAGCAAUACGACAAGCUCGUCGGAUGGGUG